AGCAGCCAGCACAGACGCUAAGAUGAAGUUGUUGUUGUCACUGGUCGUCGUAGCCACUCUGGCUACCCUAAACCAGGCAGGUGGACACGGUGGUGGACACAGGGGUGGUUACGGAGGUGGUUUUGGUAGCUAUGGAGGAGGUUAUGGAGGUUACGGAGGUGGAUAUGGAGGCUACAGGGGUGGAUACGGAGGUGGACAUGGUGGAGGUUAUGGCGGCGUUGGCGGAACAUCUAAUAACAACUUUAACCUAGCAGGUCCAAGAGGUGGAUAUGGUUAUGGUGGCGGCCAUGGUGGUGGUUAUGGUGGCGGCCAUGGUGGUGGUUAUGGUGGCGGCCAUGGUGGCGGCUACGGAUACGGGAAAUAAACGACCUCACCAAACCAAGAAAGCUUCCACCAAGGAAAGUUUAAAUGCACGUCAGCAACACUUACAGAAUAUGGCACGGCAAAGCUUCUUGAGUACCCACUGCAUCACCUGAUUGACUUCCAUUGUCUAUAUACAUAUCACGAAUAUCGAAAUAAAUUUUAUAUAUAAAAACGAAA